AUGCACCAGGCGUCUUACCUUCCAGAAAGCGGAACCAGCAUCCUGUCGGUGCUCCAAGGAGGCUACAACCACCCUUUGGCACGUGAGUGGCAGGCAGAGAGACAUCUCCGGAAGCUGAUGUUCAUUUUCCCCAUUUUCGUCAGUGACGACGACGACGAGGAGGUGGAGAUCCCCAGUUUGCCCCGCAUCAAGCGCCACGGCAUCAACAAGUUGUUGAACUACAUGAAGCCGCUUGUGGAGAAGGGGCUCAAGGCGGUGAUUUUGUUUGGCGUGAUUUUGAAAGAAGGCGUCAAGGACGACGUUGGCACGGCUGCUGACGAUCCAAACGGGCCUGUGAUCCAGGCCAUCCGCUUGUUGAGGAAACACUUUCCCGAUUUGUACAUCAUGUGUGACGUGUGCCUCUGCGAGUACACGGAUCACGGCCACUGUGGUAUUUUGAACGACGACGGCUCGUUGAAGAGAGAGCCUUCGGUGUUGAGAAUCGGCUCUGUGGCUGUCAACUACGCCAAGGCAGGAGCCAACUGCGUGGCGCCUUCCGACAUGAUGGACGGCAGAAUCAAGGAAAUCAAGUUGGGGCUCAUCCAGGCCAAGCUCGAGAACAAGGUGCUCGUGAUGUCGUACCUGGCCAAGUUCCUGGGCUCGCUUUACGGACCUUUCAGGGAUAUUGCCGGCAGUGCUCCUUCCCACGGUGACAGAAAGCUGUACCAGUUGCCUUCUAGCGGUGCUGGAUUGGCCAGAAGAGCCUUGGUUCGUGAUAUGGAAGAGGGUGCGGAUGCUUUCCUCGUGAAGCCUUCUACUUUCUACCUCGACAUUGUCAGUGAAGCCCUGAGAAUGUGCAAAGACUAUCCGCUUUGCGUAUACCAGGUGAGCGGUGAGUACGCCAUGUUGCAUGCUGCUGCUGAAAAGGGUGUGGUUGAUUUGAAGGAGAUUGCUUUUGAAGCACACAACGGUUUCUUGAGAGCCGGUGCCCGUUUGUUCAUCAGUUACUUCACGCCCGAGUUCCUCGACUGGUUGGAUGAGUAG